AAUGCAAGCAGUUGAAAAUUAUUGUAGUUUUCAAGAAUAGACUCUAAUAUUGAUAACGUCAAUAGAUUGAUCACAAUGAAACUGAUUUUUACCAUAUUGGGCGGCAUCUUUGUCUGCCUUCCAUUCAUUACUUCAGAACCAACCUUCAAUAAAUGCGAUGGAAGUUGCGAACCAUGGUACGAGUGCAAAUCAUUAAGUAAACUGAGGGAAGAAAUUAUAGAUCAAAAAAAUUCAGGAAAAAAAAUAGAAAUUUAUUUUAGAUCAUUACAAUGUGAUUAUAAUCGAAAUACAAGAACACCGUAUUUUUGUUGUAUGGAUAAGAAAGAAAAAGAAAUUGAGAUUGAUUAUAAUUCUCUCAAUGUUCACCCAAAUCGAAAGUUGUUUGUAGAAGACGAAUGUGGGUAUGGAAAUUACAAUCCUGGUAGUUUAAGUGAAUACUAUAAUAUAGCUGGCAUUUUAGAAAUUCCUUGGAUAGCGUUAAUUAAAGUUAGAGGCAGACUUAUUUCAUCAGGCACUGUAAUUAAUAAUCGUUACGUCCUCACCAGUGCUCAAUAUGCUAGAAAUUUACAAGAAGUAAUUCAAGAAGUGAAGGUUGUAUUGGGAGACUAUGAUCUUAGCAGCAAUCCUGAUUGUCAAAAAGAAAGAAAUGGAAAAAGUACAUGCAUAAAGUCUGAAGUUGUAGGAGUUGAAGGAAUCUAUCCUCAUCAAAAUUUUAACGAAAAGGAUUUGACCAAUAACAUUGCUUUAAUAAGACUAAACAAGGAAUUAGAAUUUUCACAAAAUAUUUCGCCAGUCUGUCUUCCAUUCAAUAAUAAAAUUCCUCUAUUUAAUAAUCUGCAUGAUGUUUAUGGACAUGGAGUAUCUAUUGCUCGUGGUAGUGAAACUAAUGUUACAACAAGGACCACCGUUAAAAUUGUGGACAAAUUUGAAUGUGAAAAGCUCUACCAAAGGAGCAAUAGUCCUAGAAAAAUUGAUGACACUCUUCUCUGUGUGAGACCGAACAAAAUGCCACCUUUUUGCUCACCAGAUGACGGAGGAGCUAUGUCUCAUACUUUCGGUUAUAUUCAUCAUCAACUGGGUGUCGCUAGUUUUUACAAUACUGCUUGCUCUUUAGAGUUACCACUUGUCUAUACAAAAGUUUCCCAUUACUUAAAGUGGAUUUUGGAUACAAUAAGAAAAUAAUUUAUUGAAUUGAUAUUUUAAAAAUCCCUAUCUUGCUAAACAGAAAAAAAAUAUUCUUUUUAGAACAAUUUUUUUGAUUUUUGUUUUACAAUGAAUGUCGAAAUAGAAACCCAAAAACAAUUCAAAAAGUAAGUAAGUCAUUUUGAUUUGCAUUUGUUAUCCUAAUAUUUCAUUAUUAUUAUUAUUAUCAUAAUAUCAAUAAUUUUUUGGAACUAUAAUUAAAAAAUAUAAUUUCAAUAAUCCCAAAAACUUGACUGGCGUUGGAAAUUAAAGUAAAAAUUUAUCUUUGAAACAGGUUUUUGUUGAAAUUUGACUGUAUAAAUUGUAAAACAAAAAUUUUAAUAAUUUAUUUUUAUUUAUUAAUUUCAAGGAGAAAAUAUUGUAAACUGGGGAAAUGAAAACGAGCAUACGUUAUAAAUAUAUGAUUAUAAAGAACUAUGAAUAUUAUAAUAAUUGUCUCAAACAUA